AGAUUUAUUUAAGAAAAAGUGUAAAAGAAAAGUGAUUUAUUUAACGAAGUGACAUUCGAUGCAUCAUAAAUAACUCGAUUGAAUAUCGAGGAUGCUUUAGAAUGUUGUCUUCUUCAAUAUCGACUCCGUUCAGCGUUCGUGAUAUUCUUAGUGAAGAACAGCAACUUGGCGCCAUGGAUUGUUACGUGCAUCAUCAAAAUCAAACACAACAACAUGUGCAUCAGGAUUAUUAUUCAUAUAAUGUUGUACCUGAAAACAAUUGGGAAAUGGAUAAAUUUAAAGAGCAAUCGAUGCCCAGCUAUCAACAUUAUUCAGAUCUUAAUCACGUUCACCAGUUGAGUCAGGUGGUACCACCAUAUCAAGAAACUUCUAUUACUGAAGACGGUAAUAUUGUUACAUCCAGCAAAACAGAACUGCGCAAAAAUCAAUCUGGUAAAAGAACGAAACGGAAGCCAAGAGUGUUGUUCUCGCAAACACAAGUUUAUGAAUUAGAACAGCGAUUUAAGCAACAAAGAUAUCUGAGUGCACCUGAGAGGGAAAUGCUAGCUCAAACCUUGAAAUUAACUAGCACGCAAGUGAAGAUUUGGUUCCAAAAUCGACGAUACAAGAACAAACGUGCCCGAAUCGAGGAUGCCGAAAAACUGCAGGCGCAGAACAUGAAGAAUCAAUCAUUAAAGAAGAUUGCGGUGCCAAUUCUUAUCAAGGAUGGCAAACCUAACGUACAAGAAUCUUACAAUGGUCCUUACUGGCCGAACAUCCGAUCGGAUUUAAACGUUUCAAUGCAGACAGAUUUUAGGACGAACGAGAUUCGUCUCAGUCCCGACUUUAGGUCCAACUCAAACGAGGUGAGAAUUGAAAACUCCAGUAUUAGCCCGGACUAUAAAUCGGAGGUCAGUUCAGAGAUGCCCGGAAGAUCAAAUCUGAAUAAUAUAGGGGACAGACAGCACGUAUCAGAAUACAGGAACAAUUUUGUGACGGAAGCACCACCGGGAGUGCACGAUUGCAAUCGAUUAAUUAAGACGCAAUUUAAAACAUGCGCUAACGCGAAUGAAGCUGUAUCAUAUGAUCUGAAAAAUGUUCAAUCCGAUAAUAAACAGCUUGUGACUGACAAGCGGAUACCUAUGGACGUUCCCAAUGGCGAAUAUGGAUUCUCGAAUUACAUUGCUCCGCCUAAUUACCAAAUGCAGUACGUAAAUUAUAUGGAACAAAUACCUAUGGAUCAAAAUCUGCAGCGGCUAUGGUAGGUGCAUUUUUAUGAAAAAGAAUUAAUGCAAGAAUUAUGAAUGUAUGUGAUUGAUUACUGUACAACUCCUGCUUUCAAGUUUAUAAUG